CCGGUGGCGCGGCGGGCGCCGGGCAGGGCGCCGUGCCGCGGUCACCGGCUCACGCCGGCGGACGACGAGAUGUACCAGCGGACGCGGGUGACGGUGCUGGAGCCGGAGUCCCCCAACAUCAUGUUCAUCGAGGGCUACAGCAACCGCGGCUUCACCAUCAGCGGGGACGUGGUGGUGGGGCCCUGCGCCGUCCUGCCCCGCAGCAUCCUCCAGUGGAACGUUGGCUCCCAUCGGGACAUCUCGCACGAGAGCCUGUCGCUGUUCCGGCUGCUGGAGCCCCACAUCGAGAUCCUGGUGCUGGGCACAGGGGACAGGGUGGAGCGGCUCCACUCUGGCAUGCUGAAGCAGAUGCGGGAGUGCGGGAUUGCUGUGGAGGUACAGGACACGCCAAAUGCAUGUGCAACCUUCAACUUCCUAAUGAGUGAAAAGCGUAUUGUGGCUGCUGGGCUCAUCCCUCCACAGGGUGCCUACCAGGGGAUGUAGGCACUGCCUGCCACGGCCGUGGGCUCUGUGGGGCUGCCCCUGCCUGCCUGAAGCCCCCGAGGGUCACCACUCCCAAGGGAGAUGUGCUUCAGACUGGACUGUGGAGCUGCUGGGUGGGUGGUGGCUCUGCACACAGGAGGGCUGUGAGAUGGGUGGGCUUGGUUCUGACCUGCAGUCCCGGCUUCUCGGCCUCCCUGCCCAGUCUGGGCUGGGGCACAGCACACAGCUUUACUGACAGCACCACUCCCACAGCCUUGCCAAGGUCGUGUCCCAUGCCUUGGCAGCAAGAAGCCCUGCCGUGAGGCAGGGUGGAGGCUGUUGGUGUGAGCUGUACACCCCCCGGGCACAUCUGGGGCUCCACAAGAUAAAUACAUGUAAAUGGGAAAUACAA